AUGAUUAAAACAAGAACAAAACCUGUUUGUAAAACUCAUUUUAAUUUGUCAUCUAAAGAAAUAAGCAGAUAUAGAAAGUAUAUACUGAAUUUAGUUAAUCGUAAAUGGUUGAGAGAAGCAGAUGAUGUUUUAACGGAUAAAUGUAAAAUUAGAUUUACAGAGGAUAAAAUACAUCAUUUUGUUCCUUAAGAGACAAUGAUAAAGAAAUUGAUAAGAUAAGAUUGUUAUCCUAAGAAAGGUAUUUUAAAAAGUACAAUGAGUUAAUGA